GCCAGUACAGACAUUCACGUCCCUGCACUGACUGAGGUUCUUGUCGAAGCCUCUGACUCUCCCUCAGUCAAUAUUGGGGGUGUUCGUGUUACCACAGCGGUCGAAAACACUCCGCCAGGUUCUCCUGCGGGCCCUAGCCCUAACAACGUGAACAUUCCCGCUCCCGCCCCUGCUCAAGGUUCUCCGUCAAACAGUACGGGUGGUCUUGCUCCUGCACUGAUCGAGGCGCAACCCACGAUUCCACGUUCUCCGGAAGAAAGUGUGGACACUCCUGUUCCCGUACACACAGAAGAAGUACCCACGGUGUCAGCCUCCGCACGCUCUAGGUUUCGCUUGAAUCCUGCGAAAGCUAGAGAGCACAUCGAUCGCAUCAAACGCUUUCGCAUUCUCGUCAUGGGAAGAGCCAAUGCAGGUAAAACAACAAUCUUGCAGAGGGUCUGUAAUACUACGGAUGAACCAGAAAUUUUUAAUGGAGAAGGGGGAAAGGUAGACGCUACUGUAGUGAAGGGUUCGCUAAUGCGCGGCUACCACAACGUCGGGGAUGAGCUGGUUUUUAAGAGUAAUCCGCGCUUUGUAUUCCAUGACUCAUGUGGAUUUGAGGCCGGAAGUGAAGAGCAGUUUGACAUGAUGAAGGAAUUUGUGAUGGAUCGUGCCAAGACAACCAAGCUUGAUGAGAGAAUUCAUGCCAUAUGGUUUUGCAUUCCUUUGAAUGAUAGCCACAGGAUGAUCACAGCUGCAGAAAAGAAGUUUUUUGAUGAAUGUGAUACAGGACAUGUUCCUGUAAUUGUCUUGCUAACAAAACAGAUACCUUGGCCUUGGAUGCUUUCCUGGAGCUCAUUGAUGAUGGUUUGGAUGAAGAUGAUGCAGUGGAAAAGGCUGCAGAGGUAGAAAGAAGGAACCUGAAUGAGUGUCUUGUAAAGGUCAAGGGUUGGUUGAAUGAGUUGAGGUUUCCACCACAUGACUAUCUGUCACUCACUGGUGAGUAUCCUAACCAUCACUCAAGAAUGGCACAGUUUCAGAGAAAAUGACUGCAGGAAUGGACAAAGAGGGUGCUGAGUGUACACCCCUACUAACAUGCACAGCAAAUGCUUUAAGUGAGGAAGGACUGCAGCAGCUCCUCAUAUCAUCACAGCAGUCAAACCUGGGACUGUGUUUGGAAUUUGCAAUAAGAAAGACAUUGAAGAAAUGCAUGAAUACUUGGGUUGGCAAGAUGGGACCAACAAUCCUUUCAUAUAUCCUCUCAUGCUGGUUUCCAUAU